UUCACCAGCAGGUUACAGAAACCCACGGCGGUUUACUGAAACAAUAUCUGCUCUUAGAGCACCAGCGAGCAACGAUGCUUCUCCCUCCACCUCUGAAUGAAGUCUUGCUCACACAGAGCCGAGCAGAGGCGAGCGGACGCGACUGCCGUUGAUGACACCGAGGAGACUGAAAUGGAAGAACAUCACUGGAGCCCUGCUUUCAGUGAAGAGAGAGACACAAAGGCGACUGACCACCGACAGCCAUUCGAAAAGAUGCUUCGUUUUCAAUGAUCGUCACACGGUGUGAAGAGUGACAAAACAGUCGUCAGACCUUCAGGCUGGUUUUGGUGAUAUCCGAAAGGCUCCUCAUGUGUUAUCUCUCACCUUGUUUCUGUCAUCAUGCCCACCUUUCCACCUCUGGGCAGUAACUCCAGCAGAGUGCCCUGGGACCCAGGCGCACCUUCUCUAGUGAACACUAUGGUGAAGAUGGUUCUUAUAUCGGUGAUCGCAUGCACCUCACUUUUCGGAAACGUUGUGGUGCUGCUGGUAUUCCAGCGCAAGCCGCAGCUUCUCCAUGUUGCCAACCGUUUCGUGCUUAACCUGCUCCUAGCCGACCUACUGCAGACGGUGCUGGUCAUGCCCUUCGCCAUCGCCGCCACCGUGCCUGAGGUCUGGCCGCUGGAUUCCCGGCUGUGCCAGGCUCUCGUGGUGCUCAUGCAUCUGUUUGCAUUCGCCGGCGUCAACACCAUCAUCGUGGUGUCUGUGGAUCGCUACUUGGCCAUUAUCCACCCACUGUCCUAUCCCACCCGAAUGACACCUCACCUGGGUACCAACCUGAUUGCUCUCACGUGGCUUCUCAGUGCGCUUCAGAGCACCCCGCCACUUUAUGGAUGGGGAACCAUCGAAUUCGACCGGCGCUACAACACAUGCACUGUUGUGUGGUCCUCCAGCUACUCGUAUUCAGCCGUGGUGUCCGCUCUUUCGUUCUGGCUGCCUGUGGUGAUCAUGCUUUGCUGUUAUUGGAUGGUGUUCAGAGCAGCAAGGCGGCAGAAUGCCCUCGUUCACCCCAUCCAAUCCAACCCCCCUCCAGAUUCCCAAGCAUCCUGUUCCAGCCCACAAAGGCAUCCGCAGCCAGAAGGCCCCUUUUCAGCCACUUAUCCCAUCAGGACCCGCCAUAGACGCUUCCACUAUCACUGUAAGGCUGCGCGGGUGGUGUUCGUCAUCAUGGCGUCCUAUGUGUUCAGCAUGGGCCCAUACAGCAUCCUGAGCACGAUAUCCAUAUACUCGAGUGCAGCAGUGCCGCCCUGGUUGGCCUCAGUGGCUCUCAUUCUUUUCUUCCUGCAGUGCUGCUUACACCCCUACAUCUACGGCUACAUGCACCGCAGCGUACGCAAGGAGUUCCUGGCACUGCUCUGCGGGCCACUGUGCGGGCAGGGCCGGAUCAGUCAGGGCUCCGCUGUGGACAGCUGCUUCACGGUGACCGAUGGACGCCUGGCACACACUCACCUGUCAAGCCAGGCUGCCCGAGUGUGUCCUCUCCGAACCUGGGAGGAAGGCACCACGUCUUCUUCCCCUACAGAGAGGAGGUCUAAAGACAGCCGCAAGGAAACCACCUCCAUCAGUCUGAGCUCAGAGAAGGAGCUCACCGUACACAGCCACACCAACAGUCAACCUGAGGAAACACCUACAAGCAAAUGUUGAACUUUUUUCUGUCAGUGUUUGGGUGUGUACAUCUCUUUUAGGUUUACAUUUAGGGCACAGCUUGGUACUUUAGAAUCAAAUUCUGUGCCUUAAACACAAGCUCACUGAAUACAUUGUAACCACACUCUCAAGAAAAAAAAGGUGCACUGGGUCACUAGAGUGGCAUUCUUCUAAAUGGUACUAAUAUGUGUCAUUAAGGUACUAAUAUCACCGUGGGUUCAUGGGUCCGUACCUUUAGGAGUAAAAAAAAAAACUUUCUUAAAAAGUACUGUCCCAAUAACAGUGCAUAUGUGCUCAUAGCUAUGCUAUGGACCUACUUUAUGGUUAGUAUUUACACAAAUCACAUUGAGGACGACAGAAAAGCCUAGCAAACAUAGUCUAUCAUCCUGCCAAGAAACUGUUAAAAUAUCUUAUCGUUACAUUCAAUCAUUUCUAUCUUAUGUUCAACAUGUUUUAUUCAGCAAGGAUGCAUUCAAUUGUAUUAAAUGCAUUUAACUGCAAUAAAAUCUUGAGGUUCACUAAAAUAUUAAGCAGCAUAAUGAUAAUCAGAAGUGUUUUUUUAAGCAUCAAAUCAACAUAUUAGAAUGAUUUCUGAAGGAUCGUGUCAUACUAAAGACUGGAGUAAUGAUGCUGAAAAUUCAGCUUUGCCGCCCGUCACAGAAACAGAUAUUGUUUUAAAAUAUAUUAAAAUAGAACGGUAGUGUAUGUUUACUCUGUGUAUGGGAAAGAGGUCAUCAGUUAUAUUACAUGGUUAUGGUUAUUUAAAAACUGCAAUCAAGAACUGAAUAAACAUUUAAUAAACAAGGCUUGAUACAAGCCUGUUACAAAAUAUUGGCGACAUGGUAUAAAGUGCUCCAUUAAAUAAAGAAUAUUUAUUUAUUUGUUUUUUUUUCAGUUUUAAUAUAAUACUUAAAAUAUUAGGGAGUAAAACUGUUGGUAAAAUGUUUUUUGAGACCGCAUAGAGUAGUGUACAAUGUCUUACAAAAUGAAUGUUCUUUGUAUACAUCCAUGUCAAAUGUAUUGCUACUUUACGAUUUAAAGACAAAGUAUUCCUUAUGUUGUUUUGAAAUGAAUUUAGAAUAUAUGUGGGGAGAUUUCUGUCUAUUUUUCUAAGCAUACAUAUCAACUUUGUUAUACGACUGAAUCAUUGUCAAUGGAAUCAAAGUUCUCUUUUAAAGAAACACUGUUAAUAUAAGUGUAAUUACAAGCAAAAGGAAGCUAACAAAUCGAAGAAACCGUUCUAUGUAUUUAUUGUUCAUGCACCAGUAAUACUUAAGCGAUGAAUCACAUCAGCAUUAGCAUAUGGGUCACUGUAUUUCUGUUUGUUUUUAAAAGAUGUGCAAUGUGGAGGGGUUUCAGAAUUUUGGAGAGGGUGAGUCACAUGAAAACUGUCAAGAUCAUAUCUGUUUAGAUUUCAACCCAAAAUGAGAAAGAAAGAAAAUUAAGCCUACUUUUCAGAACAUUUGUGCAUUUUUCCCAGUUCCCAUCCAUCAAACCUUUUUUUGUAAAUGUAUUGAAAAAAAAAAAGAAGAAACAAAAUGAUUUGAUUCAAAGUGUUUAUAUAUCAUGGUAGUAUUUGUUGAAUUGCUUUAUUUAUUUGUGAAAUGUGACCUGGGACAUGCUUUCGUGAGAUUUACCCAAGAGCAGCUAAUGAGCUCAGGAUCUCAGGUUAUUUCUAAUGUACCUCUUGACCAGUGUGGAGAGUCUGCUCUCUUUAAGAGUUCCUCAAUAGAUAAAUUGUACAUCAUUUCUGUGUUGUAGAUGAUGUUCAGUCCCCUAACACUGCACAAAUGUAUCAUUUAACCACUGACAUGAUGUGGGAUUAAAUAAACUGGCUUGACAACUGCUGAAGCACUUUACGUUAUCAAGUUCAACCACUACAUUAAGGCAGGAAUGCUAACCACUCUUGAGCACUUAGCUUGACCCUGUAGAAACUGGGACUGUGCUUCAUUAUUAAUUUCUGGCUGGGGCGUUUAGAAGUCCCCUGAAUCAAUCACGAGUCAAACUUGCAAUUUCCUCUGCUACAGCAAAUAUUAUUUUGAAACCAGUGAGUGCAACAACACAUAUCUCAGAUUUUAUCAACUCUAUGCCAGUUUCCAGUAAUGUCUGCAGCACUUAUUAAACUAUAGCCAGUCACAAAAAAAAAAAAACUCCAGCUGUAAUAACUGACUGUUUUAUAUACUUUUUUAAAGUUUAGAAUUAGACAUUUUUGUAAUGAUGUACUUUGUGAUUUAUUUUUCUUUUAUUAUAACAUGGUGAAGAAUGUUUAUGUAUACCUCAAGA